UAUCACCAAGGGCUUUAUUAGCACUGACCUUCAGUUUGAGCAGAACCAAGAUACAGGAGAGAGGCGCAGCACAGUGACGACUGCAAUUUGAACAAUGAGCUUCGCAGAGUUUUAUUUUAAUGUGGACAAUGGUUACCUGGAGGGUUUGGUCAGGGGGUUUAAAGGUGGCAUCCUGAAGCAAGCAGAUUUCCUCAACCUGGUGCAAUGUCAGACUUUGGAGGACUUGAAGUUCCAUCUCCAGAGCACGGACUAUGGAAGUUUCCUGUCCAAUGAAUCUGGCCCUCUCACUGUAUCAGUGAUCGAUGAUAAAUUGAAACAGAAACUGCUGCUGGAAUUUGUCUACCUGAGGAACCAUGCGCUGCAGCCACUCACCACCUUCCUGGAUUACAUCACGUACAGCUACAUGAUUGACAAUGUUAUCCUGCUGAUUACGGGCACACUGCGCCAACGUCCCAUCUCUGAACUCCUCCCUAAAUGCCAUCCCCUGGGCAGCUUUGAACAGAUGGAAGCCGUCCAUAUUGCCCAGACUCCGGCCGAGCUCUACAAUGCUAUCCUGGUUGACACACCACUAGCUUCCUUCUUCCAAGACUGCAUCUCAGAGAAUGACCUGGAUGAAGUCAAUAUUGAAAUAUUACGAAACAAACUUUACAAGGCUUAUCUCGAAUCGUUUUACAGCUUCUGUAAAGAGCAAGGUGGGCAGACGGAACAGGUGAUGUGCCCCAUACUGGAGUUUGAAGCUGACCGCCGUGCUUUCAUCAUCACCCUGAACUCCUUUGGCACGGAGCUGAGCAGAGAGGUCCGGUCGGCCCUGUACCCUUGCUGUGGGCGGCUGCAUCCUGAUGGUUUAGCUGUCUUGUCCAAUGCUGAAGACUUUGAGCACGUGCGUGCCGUGGCUGAAUAUUACGCGGAAUAUAAAUAUUUGUUUGAAGGUGCGGGGAAUAAAAAUUCUGAUGAGAAGACCCUCGAGGAUAAGUUCCUUGAAUAUGAGGUGAAGCUCAACAUGCUGGCGUUUGAAAGCCAGUUUCACUUUGGUGUGUUUCACGCGUACAUGAAGCUGAAGGAACAGGAGUGUCGGAACAUUGUGUGGAUCGCAGAGUGUAUUGCCCAGAGACAUCGUGCUCGCAUCGACAACUACAUCCCCAUAUUCUAACUACAUCGGAGCAGAUCUGAUGUUACCAACUCUGUAACAUGUACCAAGCAACUGAUGCUCAAUUACAAGCCACAGUAACUUACACGAGUAACCUCCUUCCCAAUAAACUUGAAGUCAUCUACUCUUUGCUCUUCACCUGAGUUGCCCCCAGUAAUCAACCUUUAGUCAUUUGCUUGUCUUCAUGGUCAAUCCAGGGGGGAGUGGUUCCAGAGUGGAACUCAAAUUUCACUUUAUCUUAGAUUAGAUUGGAUUGGAUUCCUUUAUUGUCAUUCAGACCUUUCGGUCUGAACAAAAUUCCGUUGCCUGCAGUCAUACAUAUAACAAAUAACAAAACACACAAUAAACACAAAUUAACAUCCACCACAGUGAGUUCACCAGGCACCUCCUCACUGUGAUGGAGGCAAAAGUCUUAAAGUCUCUGUCUCUUCCCUCCUUGUUCUCCCUCUGCGCUGAGGCAAUCCAGGCUUCCGUUGUAGUGACAAUAAACUGACCUUGAAACCUUGAAAUAAUGGGUGAUGUGCGAUCUUAAUAACAUGCUCAGUCACGAUUCUGUCUGCUUUACUGAAUUCUGCAACGUUGCUUGCUCACAGAAUGAUUUGUUGCUCAAGACUGCAAUAUUGGAUUGGAUGUACGCAGCCACGAGUGUCCAAUCAAAAAGGAGAGUUAAUCCUUGUGCACCAAACUAUUAAAAAUGAAUUGAUACCCUCA